GAUGGAUUAAGCCGUUCCUCACGAGAGUCAACAGUACCUCUUGACGUACUCAAUUCAGUGGUCAUCGCGUCCGCGUUUUGGGUUGACAGUUUGACGCGCUUGCUCACGGAAAGGCUUCUUGUCCUCCGCCACACUGGAUACACUAAGCCCUCACUAGCGGAGUUUAAGUCCCAACGCGGACGUCAUUCAACUCGACGGUAGAUCAAUCAUCAGCAAACGGGUUGUCGACGAAUAUGUCCGACCGAAGUCGAAUGCUAGAACUGCUGUCGCAACCCGAUGGGUGGCAAAAAGCCUGGUCCGAGUCUGUCACAUUGUGGGAUCACGGUGCACCAGCACCGGCCUUUCAAGGAUUAAUAGAAUCAAACGAAUUCCCACAGCUUAACGAAGGAAAGGCGUUGGUACCUGGCUGUGGAAGUGGUUGGGAUGUCUUCUUGUUAUCCAAUACGAGCGGCAGAGACUAUGUUGUAGGUAUAGACAUUAGUCCCAAGGCAAAAGAGGUUGCAGAGAAGCUGCGGGAAGAAAAGGCCAUUCCAGCACAUAAAGCCCGUUUCGUCACUGCGGACUUUUUUCAGUAUACCCCGGAAUGUUCCUUUGAUGUUGUAUAUGAUCACACGUUUCUUUGCGCUCUGCAGCCAACACUUCGUGCCCAGUGGGCAACCAAAGUAGCGGAACUCAUUCGUCCCGGUGGCCAUCUUGUUGCAUACAUGUAUCCAUUGAGCAAUCAUGAGGGCGGACCACCAUUUGCUUUGUCGGUCGAUAUUUAUCGCUCCUUGCUGUCCCCACACUUUGAAGAGGUGUUCAUAGAGGAAGUCCUAGACACAUUUGAAAGCAGAACACGUCAGGAAUAUGGCGAAAAGCUUUCAUUGUGGAAAAGAAAGUCAUGAGAGCCGUGCACGAUGACAAAAGACAAUUGGGACAUUUAGGACAAUUGUUAAUAUAAUAUAAAUAUGCUUAAUAGAAAUGACGCUCAACUA